AUCACAGGGCCAUGCCCUCGGGGCUCAAGGCCAGAGAGGCUCCGCGCUUCCAAGACCCGAGAGCCAAAGAUAAUCAAUGGGAGAGAGCGAGACUGUAGGAGGCAACGAAUGACUCCCCGCCACCUUGCCCAUAACGCGUUGCUUUCAGUCACGUUCCGCGAACUGGCGAAGUUAUAAUAUUAUGAUCACUAUUUUUAAUGGAAGAUGAUUGAAAGUGAAAACCUAAACCAAGAAGAAAUAAUUAAAGAACUGUGUUUGUGCAAUGGCUUAUCUUAUGAGAUGGUUGGACAAGAAGGAUCAGAUACAUCAAAGUUGGAGAUGUUUUUCUUAGGGUAUCCUCGUAUAGUCGGAUUAUCAUUAUUUCCUAAUUUAACGAGUCUUACCAUUGUUGCUCAAGAUAUAAAAGAAAUUUCAGGGUUAGAGCCUUGUUUACAACUUAAAGAACUUUGGAUUGCUGAGUGCUGCAUAGAGAAAAUUGAAGGUCUUCAAGAAUGUAGAAAUUUGGAAAAACUAUAUUUAUAUUUUAAUAAAAUUUCCAAAAUAGAAAAUUUAGAGAAAUUAAUCAAAUUGAAGGUUCUUUGGCUGAACCACAAUACAAUUAAAAAUAUUGAGGGUUUGGAAACUUUGAAGAAUUUAAAAGAUCUCAACCUUGCUGGAAAUCUAAUAAAUAGCAUUGGUCGAUGUCUUGACUCCAAUGAACAACUGGAAAGAUUAAACCUUUCUGGUAACCAAAUAUGUUCUUUCAAGGAACUCACGAACUUAACCAGGCUGCCUUGCUUAAAGGAUUUAUGUCUGAAUGACCCUCAGUAUAAAACCAAUCCAGUUUGUCUUCUGUGUAAUUAUUCCACACAUGUAUUAUAUCAUUUGCCUUGCCUUCAAAGAUUUGACACAUUGGAUGUGUCAGCAAAGCAAAUCAAGGAACUGGCAGAUACCACAGCAAUGAAAAAAAUAAUGUAUUACAAUAUGCGUAUAAAAACCCUUCAGAGGCAUCUUAAUGAAGACCUUGAAAAACUGAAUGAUCGAAAAUGCAAAUUACAAAAGUUGCCAGAAGAACGAGUAAAAUUAUUCAGCUUUGUGAAGAAAACUUUGGAACGAGAACUGGCUGAACUCAAGGGCUCGGGCAAAGGGCACAGUGAUGGAUCCAAUAACAGUAAAGUAACUGAUCCUGAAACACUGAAGAGUUGUGAAACUGUCACUGAAGACCCAAGUCUUCAACAGAAGAUAUUGACCAAACUAAAUGCCUUGAAUGAAAGGGUAACAUUCUGGAAUAAAAAACUAGAUGAAAUUGAAGCAAUUUAUCAUAUUGAAGUAAAACAAAAGAAGAAAAGUCAUGGCUUAUUGAUCCCACUUUUGUUAAUUGAGUUAGAGACUGUGGGAAAUUUCCAUUUUGAAGAAGGCACUCGAUCUGAUGACUGGUUUAAUUUCUGCUAUGAAUUAAUUCUGUCACGUUUUUGUGCCUGGGACUUCAGAACAUACGGUAUUACAGGAGUAAAAGUAAAACGUGUCAUUAAAGUUAACAACCGUAUUCUGAGACUAAAAUUCCAAGAGAAAUUUCAAAUGUUUUUGGAGAAUGAAGAUAUGCAUGAUUCAGAGAGCUACCGAAGGAUGCUGGAAUGCCUUUUUUAUGUUUUUGAUCCUGAAGUUUCAGUGAAGAAAAAUCAUCUUCUACAAAUACUUGAAAAAGGAUUCAAAGAGAGUGAAACAAGCAAGCUGCCUGUCAAAAAGGAAGCCAUCAUUCUUUCUAACAGUCUAAGUAUAAGUGAGUGUCCCAGAAUUGAAUUUUUACAACAAAAGCACAAAGAUGAGAAGAAAAACUCUCUUAAGCAUGAGCUCUUCAGACAUGGCAUCCUCCUCAUUACAAAAGUUUUCCUUGGCCAGAGUGUUCAGGCCUAUGAAAAAGAAUCCAUCAGUCAAUCCAACUAUCCAAUGGUUAAUUCAGUGUUCAUUCCUCGGAAAUAUUUACUAAAUUCUGUCAUGGGACAAAGAAACUGUGAUUGCAGUGUUCGGCAGUGCAAGUGGUUUGUCUUUGAUCAUGACCUUGUUUUGCCAGAAUAUGUUGUUGAAUUUGAGUAUAUUACAAUGGUCAAGGCACCCUCAUUUUCUGUAUUCAACAAUGCUAUUCUAGAAGAAAGCAAAAAAACCCCAGAAGGAUCAGUAUUUUCCAAGGAUUUGAAAUUUGAUGAUGAAGUUAUAAAAAUGGAGCCCAGAAUCAAGGCCCGACCAAAACUGAUUAGUUUGGAUGAUAAAACAAUAUUUUCCCUUGCAAAGACUAGCGUGUACAGUCAUAUUGUGAGUCUGAAUCUACAUGGAAACAGCUUGAGUAAAUUGAGAGAUCUCUCCAAGUUAACAAGACUUCGAAAACUAAAUAUUAGCUUUAAUGAAUUUACCUGUUUAGAUGAUGUAUACCACUUGUAUAACCUUGAAUAUUUGGAUGCAAGCCAUAACCAUGUGAUAACCCUUGAGGGAUUUAGAGGUCUGAUGAAACUGAAGCACUUAGACUUGAGCUGGAAUCAACUGAAGAAAUCUGGCGAUGAAAUAAAUAUGUUAUGCAAACACACCACAAGCCUUCUCACUCUUGAUAUUCAACAUAAUCCAUGGCAAAAGCCAGCCACAUUGAGGCUGAGUGUUAUUGGCAGAUUAAAGACUCUUACCCAUUUAAAUGGAGUCUUCAUUUCUGAAGAAGAAGCAACAGCAGCUAUGAAAUUUAUUGCUGGAACAAGGAUUACUCAGUUAUCUCUCUUACGGCAUUCUAGUACUAAAGAGGAGAGACCACGGAUACUUAGUAUAUGGCCUUCUGCCAAAAUUCUGACGCAGAUUUCGAAGUUAGGACCUCAUUUACAUCCGAGUGGAAACUGGUACUUGAAGAUAACUGCCUUAAAUUUAGAUGGACAACAUCUUUUUGAAAUCACAAAUUUAGAAAAAUUGGAAAAUUUGAAAUGGGCAUCAUUCAGCAAUAAUAAUCUCACUAAAAUGGAGGGUCUGGAAUCCUGUAUUAACUUGGAAGAGCUCACAUUAGAUGGAAACUUCAUCUCAAAGAUAGAAGGUAUUUCCAAGAUGACUAAAUUAACUCGCCUUAGCAUAAAUAAUAAUCUUCUCACUGGUUGGGAACAGCGUACCUUUGAUAACAUGCUUCACCUUCACUCCCUUUCUCUUGAGAACAACAGAAUCACUUCAUUGAGUGGUUUACAAAAAUCUUUUACUCUCGUUGAGUUAUACAUAAGCAAUAACUACAUUGCUGUCAAUCAGGAGAUGUACAAUUUAAAGGGUUUAUGCAACUUGGUCAUUCUAGACAUGCGUGGAAACAUUAUUAUAUGGAAUCAAGAAAACUACCGGUUGUUUGUAAUAUUUCAUCUUCCAGAACUGAAAGCUUUGGAUGGGAUACCAAUUGAACCACCAGAGACUGAGAGUGCAAAAGAUUUGUUUGGUGGUAGACUUACUUCUGACAUGAUUGCAGAACGACGAGGACAUUCCAACUUCAUGCAAAUGCAAGAACUAAAUUGGACUUCAUCAUCCAUUAGAACAGUGGAUUUGAUUCCAGUCGACCAAUUUAGAAAUGUGUGUAAUGUGAAUCUACAGAACAAUAAUCUUACCUCAUUCAGUGGCUUAAUCUAUCUACCUAAUGUGAAGGUCUUAUGCCUAAACUAUAAUCAUAUUGAAUCAAUCAUGCCCAGACUAAAGCCUCAGACUCACUUAACCAAUAGACAACUACUGUAUCAGAAAGUGCCUUCAAGUGGCUAUGGACAGCAAGGAAUUUCAAAAACAAACAGAGAUAUAAUGAGCAGUGAAAAUUUGCCUCCAAUAAUGCACAGUUUAGAAGUUCUUCAUCUGGGCUACAAUGGAAUUUGUAAUUUGAUCCAGCUACAACUUAACAGACUAAGAAAUUUAAAAUUCCUCUUUCUACAGGGUAAUGAAAUCAGCCAACUUGAAGGGCUUGACAACUUAGUAGUCCUUCAGGAAUUGGUAGUGGACCAUAACCGCAUCCGAUCAUUUAAUGACAGUGCUUUUGCCAAACCAAGUUCUUUAUUGGCACUUCACUUGGAGGAAAACAGACUACGAGAACUGGGCAAAUUACAAUCUUUGGUAAAACUAGAGAAACUCUUCCUAGGAUAUAAUAAAAUCCAGGAUAUCACAGAACUGGAAAAAUUUGAUGUUAUCUCUACUCUCAGGGAGCUUACAGUGUAUGGCAAUCCAAUUUGUAGAAAAAUGCUACAUCGCCACAUGCUUAUAUUUCGACUGCCUAACUUACAGAUGUUAGAUGGAAGUCCUGUGAAUUCAGAUGAUAGGGCAAAAGCUGAAUUUCACCUCGCUGAACUACAAGCAAAGAAAAAUUCGCUUAUUCCUGUUACCCACUCCCCUAUGGAUGGCAGAUUAUUUGGCCAAGUGAAAACUCCUCCCAUAAAGAUAGCAAAUGUAAUUCUGCCUAGUGGAUUCAGCCAUUACUUGGGAUCUGACGUCACUUUAACUCCUGAAGUUGAAGACAAAAAAAACAAGAAUGCUGGGAUUCUGACAAAUAAUCCUCGGAGCAUCCAUGCAGAAAUAGCUUUUCGGCAACUCAGAGGGAUAAGUAUCUCUCCAUCUCUUUUAUCACAUCAGAAUAUUGCAUCUCCGACUGUACAAAUAUACCAGAGCAACCAAGAUGAGAGAAGAAUUUCUGGGAGCAACUUUCCAAGAUCAAAUCGAAUGUAACUGCCUAAAGAGAAAUGAGCAUACACCAAGAAACUCACCUGUUUAGUAGUUGUACAAAAACUAGCUGACAGUGGUUAAAAAAAAAAAAAGAUAAUCAUGUUACUUAAGUUACUGAAGCACUUCAGUUCCAUAUGAACAUAAUCUAUUACCCUUCAUGAACUUGAUUUAAUAUCACCUCUCUUAAACUUUCUUUAUGGUUAUCUGUAGUUAUUUGUUUGAAUUUCUAUAUCAUAAAAAUCAUGAACUAUUACAUCAGACAACAAUUUGAAAAGAUAAAAGUGACAUGAAACAAAGUCCAGAGAAUUGAAUACUUAGUUCUGGUAUUAGAAACAUUUAGUCGUGAAAUCUCAUUAUGACAUGUCAUAGGAAGAUAUUAAGAAAAGAUAACUUUAGGAAAUAGGCAUACUUUCAUUUGUAGAGUAUCUAUUCAUUUGAGAUUACAUAAAACUAAAGCACAUUUCUUACCAAACACAACUAUUACUAAAGUAAGAUGAGUUUUGCUAGUUGAACUACAGAUUGGUUUUUAGGACUGUAUUUUUUUAAAAAAUACCCUCAAACCAGAUCUGCCCUCAAAAUUGUUUAGAGAUGCAAAUUGUGGGCAUCAAUAGUAGUUUCUAAAUGUGGCUAACUGUGGGUGCAACUAGUCCUUCAUGCUUUAAGAAUAAAAAAAGAAUCCGAUUUCAUAUACAAAUCAUUAAUUACACCUACAGUGAUAUAAUUUUACAAGUAGUUUCAGGCUGAGGAGAACAUGUAUUCAAACUGAGUGGACACAUUUAAAAAUAUGACCUUCAAUAAUUAUAUUUCACUGAACUUUUCUAAACUAUUACAUUGCAUAGUACUAGGAUGUAUCACAAAUUAAUCAAAUGUGGUUAUGAAUUUGCUUGUUACAGUUAUGUAAAUUGAUAACCACAUUGCCAGUCAUAUUUUGAUAUAAAUGAGCUCCAUGAUUCAUGAAGUAUUCUAUUUAAAAUUUUAAAGUUAUUGGCUCAACAGUACAUGUAGUUUCAUAAUAUUUUAUACUUUCCUUACACGAAAAUAAAUUAUUUUAACUAAAAUAUGUAGACUUUAUAAUCUGUCUGGAAAUAGUUUUAAAGGUAUUUUGGAAAUGAUAUAAUUCCAAUGUCUAUGCAACAAUUUUGUAUUUUUCUUUUUUAAAUGCUGUAUGUCUGUAAUUUAAUCAUGUAAUAUUUAAAAUUUCAAACCUAAUUACAGAUUGAUUUUGCUCUUCGUAAUGUGUGGUUUUAAACAACUAUUACACUUAAGUGGAAAUAGGAUCUUUUGUUUAAAAACAACUAUGCAGUUCUUAAGAUGUCCAGAAGAUGUCUUUGUUGCCCUUUAGUUUUGACAACUGCUUUCAUUAUAGUGUUGUGACAGUCUACUCUUCACUAUUUAUUACUAAAUUGGCAUCAUCUGUUUUUUUCUUUUAUGACUAUGUAUAAAUUAAAUGCUGAAUAUAUGUUACUUUUAUAAUAAAAAGUGUCUUAAAAUAACAAAGUGGGAAAAUAAAUGUAAUAGGUUUCACUGGAGAAAAAUGUUCAGAAUAGAAAUAUAUAAAGCAGAAAAAACAUAACUUACAGUGUAUUCACUUAGCAUUUUGGCAUAUUUUCUUUUAGCCAUUUUUCCUAUGGACUUUUAAUAUAUUUGAGAUCUUCAUGUGAUUUUUAUGUACACAUUGUUAAAUUUUGAGCUAUUUAUAAUUCUUAUAAAUUGUUAAUUAAAUUUCAUCUGAGCCGGGCGUGGUGGCUCACAUCUGUAAUCCCAGCACUUUGGGAGGCCAAGGCAGGCAGAUCGCAAGGUCAGAAGUUCGAGACCAGCCUGGCCAAUAUGGUGAAACCCCAUCUCUACUAAAAAUACAAAAAUUAGCCAGACGUGGUGGUGCGUGCCUGUAGUCCCAGCUACUAGGGAGGCUGAGGCAGACGAAUUGAGCAAGACUCCAUCUCAAAAAAAAAAAAUUUCAUCUAAAUUUCUGAGUAGCUGGGAUUACACCACCACGCCAGGUGCAGUGGCUCACGCCUGUAAUCCCAGAACUUUAGGAAGCCAAGGUGGGCAGAUCACCUGAGGUCAGGAGUUCAAGACCAGCCUGGCCAACAAGGCAAAGCCCCAUCUCUACUAAAAUACAAAAAUUAACUGGGAAUGGUGGUGCACACCUGUAAUCUCAGCUACUCAGGAGGCUAAGGAGGAGAAUCGCUUGAACCAGGGAGGCAGAGGUUGCAGUGAGCUGAGAUGGCACCACUGCACUCCAGCCUGGGUGACAGAGUGAGACUCCAUCUCAAAAAAAAAAAAAAAAAAACUGUAAAAGAGAGUAAACUAUUUAUUCAUCAAGGUAUUUCACUUAGAUAAAAUAUGUAAUUUAUCCAGUAAAGUUAUUAUGUCUUUGCUCCCAGCAAAUGUCUUGAUUUAUUUUGCAAGCGAAUGUAUGAUUAUAUAACUUGUUUUCAUUAAAGACAAUACCACAACAACCUGGUAAGCUAGAAAUUAAGGUACUUUAUAGAUUAGAAGCCUCCAAAGCUAGACAGUGUGAAAUUGGUCUGAUUUCUAUAUAUAAAAUUAACCAUGAUUAAUUGUCCAAUACAAACUUUACUAUUUACUUCUAUUUUUAAAAAAAUUUUUGUAGAGAUGGAGUCUCACUAUGUUGCCCAGGCUGGUCUCAAACUCCUGGCUUCAUGCAAUCCUGCCUUGGCUCCCACAAAGUGCUGGGAUUAUGGGCAUGAGCCUCCAUGCCCGGCCAUUUACUUCUAAUUUUUCUAGUCUUAGAUUUUUCUGACUAUCGACACAAAAUUAACUGAUUGUGAAUAUAUUUUUGCCUAGAAUAUCUAGUGUGCACUAUGUAUGUGUGUUUGCAGGCACUCCUGACUAGUUUACAAAUAACCCUUAUAUUUAAGUAACAUGCCAUUUCACUCUUCAUAAGCUAUCUUACAUUAUGAAAAGUAUUUAAUGUUUUAAAACAUUAGAUCUCACUCUUAGUCAUGCUCUAGGCUCUUGGCUUCAAUUAAAUAUUACUUACAUAAAGGGAGGUAAGAUUAUUAUAAUAUUCUAUUAGUAGAAGCAAGCACUUAUGGCCAAAUUCCUUUGGUUAUUCAGUGAAGCUAACCAAAUCAUUUUGGUUAUGGGCUAGAAACCAGCUGGUUUUUCUGAUGCCUUACUAUAAAACUCAGAGCUUCUGGACCACCUGCAAGUGCUAACUACUUGUUCAUUUUUCUACAUUUUCCUCCCUUCUCCAUUGUUGAAGUAUUUUUGAAGAAAAACCUAUGCUGAAUUGCAAUUUAAAUUCUCAGUUCCCUUUUAGAACUAGGUCAGUAAGAAAUACCACAGCUAUUUUAUUAGUAAUAUUAUUUCUACAAGUUUUUACUUUACAAAUAUAUAAAUUAUACCAUUCUACUAUUAGUUUUUCUUUCCAUUGUGAAUAAAAUUGUUUUUUAAACUA